ACUGAUUUGAGUGACAUCACCAGUUCCGUCCCAACGCGGAAAUGUGCAAUAUUUGUUAUUAUAAUAUAGGCUCAGUUGUCUGGCAUGUUACAGACAUAUGCUGAACUGAAGCAGUACUGUAAGUGAUUGAGUAUGCCGCUGUGUAGUUUUUCCGGUACUUUGUGAUUAUGGCGUUUUGUUGUAGCCCUUUCGACCUCAGUGUAUAUUUACUGACACGGACCUAGAACACGCCGCAACUUUAACACAGACACACCUGGCAGAUUCAAGGAGAAAUGAUGGACUGGAGGCAUUCGCUGCUGCUGUUGCUCAGCUUGGCUGGAAACGUGUCACAGUGUGAAGGAGGAAGUUCAGUCUCUCUCCCAGAAUCCCUGCUCUUUGUUUCUACACUGGAUGGAAGUCUGCAUGCUGUCAGUAAACAGACAGGAGACAUCAAAUGGACACUAAAAGAAGAUCCCAUCAUACAGGUUCCUACAUAUUUCCAAGAGCCAGGCUUUUUACCGGAUCCCAAUGAUGGCAGUCUGUAUGUACUAGGAGGCAAGCGCAAAGAAGGUCUGAUGAAACUCCCGUUCACGAUUCAAGAGCUGGUCCAGUCUUCUCCCUGCAGGAGCUCUGAUGGGGUGCUCUACACGGGUAAAAAACAGGACACUUGGUUUGUGGUUGAUCCUCAGACAGGUGAAAAACAGACGAGUCUAAGCACCUCUUCUUCGGACUCUAUUUGCCCUUCUGCCCCUCUGCUGUACAUUGGUCGCACAGAAUAUAUGAUCACCAUGUAUGAUACGAAGACUCAGGAACUCCGCUGGAAUGCUACCUACAACGACUACUCUGCGCCUCUCUAUGAUGACAAAAAAUAUGAAUAUAAGAUGUCCCACUUUGCGUCCAGUGGGGACGGUCUGGUGGUUACGGUGGAUCGGGACUCUGGUGAGGUGUUGUGGAUGCAGAAGUUUGAUUCUCCAGUAGCAGGGUUUUAUUUAUGGAGUCAGGACAGUCUGCGGCGAGCUCCUCAUCUGACGGUCGCAACAGAAACCCUGCGUUACCUGACCUUCACUGCAGAAAACACACAGUCCCACACCAUGAAGUGGGUCUACCAGUUCACAAAGGAGAACCACAGCACUAAGACUCAGCUAGUUCCUACUCUCUAUGUUGGCAAGACGGACUCUCAUCUGUAUGCUUCUACCUCUCUUGUGCACAAAGGUGUGGCAAUAGUGCCAAAAGGUCUUACACUUGCACGCAUUGAGGGGCCGAUCACCGCUGGCGUUACAAUGGGUAACGGGCGGCCUGAGUGUGAGAUCACACCCAGCACUGAUGUUAAAUAUCCACCAGGAAGCAGCAAUUCCCUGCAAAAUCAGUGGCUGCUGAUUGGUCAUCAUGAAGUGCCUCCUUUGGCUCACACCACCAUGUUGAGAGAUUUCCCAGAGAACCUGCAGCGCUCUGGUGAAGUCAUCCCACCUCGAGCUUCUGGCUCUUCUUUCCGUUCUCCCUCUCACCCAUUGCCACCGGUAACGAAGCACAGCUCCUCCCCUGUGUUGCCAGACUCCUUGACCUCUGACCCCAUGACUGUGCUGGUGGUGACGCUGCUGCUUGGAGCGUGGAUUGCCUUCCUGCUAACACACAAAAGGCCUAUCAAAAAAUCCCAGACAUCUGAAGAGCCAGUGGACUCUAACCCACUGCCAGUGUUGACCAAUCAGAGCGCUAACACAGAACCCAGUGCCUCGCCCUCAACCUCAUCUUACAACCACAACAACAGCCAUUCAGAGAAGACCAGUUCUGUUGCAUCCAAUCAAACGCCAUUCUCAAGCAAAGACUCCGCCUCAUGUACGACAGCUGGCCAAUCACAGAGUUAUCAGCCUGACGUUGUGGGAGUUGGUAAAAUCUCUUUCAGUCCUGCUGAGGUGCUGGGCCAUGGGACAGCGGGAACCUUUGUGUUCCGGGGUGAUUUUGACGGCCGGCGUGUGGCGGUAAAGCGUAUUCUUCCAGAGUGUGUGGAGUUUGCAGAGCGAGAGGUUCAGCUCCUCCGUGAAUCAGACGAGCAUCCCAAUGUCAUCCGUUACUUCUGCACAGAGCGGGACAGACAGUUCACUUACAUUGCCAUAGAGCUGUGUGCUGCUACACUCCAGCAGUAUGUGGAGGACCCAAGCUGUCCUUAUUCAGACCUGAACCCAGUGUCCCUUUUGGACCAGACCAUGUGUGGCCUCAGUCACCUGCACUCCCUCAAUAUUGUUCACAGGGAUUUAAAGCCACGGAAUAUUUUGCUCUCUCUCCCGGGGGCGUUGGGUCGAGUCCGGGCAGUGAUCUCAGAUUUCGGCUUGUGUAAGAAGCUUCCAGAUGGUCGCCAUAGUUUCAGCCUACGCUCUGGAAUACCGGGAACCGAAGGCUGGAUUGCCCCUGAAUUACUCAUAAAUGCUCCAAAAGGGAACCCUACAAGUGCAGUGGACAUAUUUUCGGCUGGAUGUGUGUUUUAUUAUGUGACGUCCAAAGGACAGCAUCCGUUUGGUGACACUCUGCGGCGUCAAGCUAAUAUUCUCUCUGGAGUCUAUAACCUCGACCACUUUAUGGAGGAUAUACAUGAGGAUGUGAUUGGCAGAGAUCUGAUUGAGCGGAUGAUCAGUGCUGAACCGGAAACCCGUCCUUCGGCAGCGUCCGUCCUCAAACAUCCUUUCUUCUGGAGCCCAGAGAAACAACUGCAGUUCUUUCAGGAUGUCAGUGACAGAAUAGAGAAGGAGCCAGCAGAUAGCGCUAUAGUGGCCCGUCUAGAAAACUCUGGCAGAUCUGUGGUAAGAACCAACUGGAGGAUGCACAUUUCAGCACCACUACAGACUGAUCUUAGAAAAUUUCGCACAUAUAAAGGAAACUCUGUGAGAGACCUACUAAGAGCAAUGAGAAAUAAAAAACAUCAUUAUCAUGAGCUCCCACCAGAGGUUCAGACAGCUCUGGGUGAAGUCCCCGAUGGCUUCGUGGUAUAUUUUACCUCCCGUUUCCCCCGGUUACUGCUUCACACGCAUUCAGCGCUUGGCAUCUGUGCCUCCGAGAGACUCUUUCACCCAUACUACCACCACUGAACAUCCACAGAGACAUGCUUGUUUGUUACUACGCUGGACAGGAGACGAAAAGUAAGAUCCUUGAGGAAACAGAGACCUUUAGGACUCUGUCAGUGUAUAAUUCUGAACUUCAGAACUGUGAGCACAUUUCGUUCCUAAACAUCCAACUGGACUUGCUGAAUGAAAUGUAAACCUUUUUAUGCUUUUACAGAAACAGGUUUUAUAGGUUAGAUUAACCAAACAAGUUACUGAGUGGGCUUUUAUUAAGGGCGUUUACAGAGCUGCCAUUGUUUGCUGCUGGUUUUAUCAUGUCAAACAAAUAGCAAAGAAAUAAAAAGCCCAUAUUUUCUGAUGAGUUGACAUCAGCCAGUAGAUUGGCAUGUGUUCUACCAUUUCUGUCAGUUUUGUUUAUUUUAAUUCUGACUUUUACCACACAGGAUUACUGCAUCACCACCUGACUACUUAUAUUCUUAUUAGGUAGAAAGUUAAAGGAACACUCCACUUUUUUUGAAAAUAGGCUUUUCUUUUUUUUAUUUCCAACUCCCCUGUAGUUAAACGGGCCUAGAAAAUCACAACUUUUCAUUUUCCGUUGGCCUUAGUACACAAAGUAAAUACAGAAUGUCAAGUUUUAAACCGGAAUAAUAUUGAAACUCUUUGGUCAUUUUUUAGCAAGAUGCUAAUGGUCUAAUUAAAUUCAAUGAGCUAUGCUAAGAUAAGCGUGCUACCGCCAGACCCGGAGAUCGGCUGAAUGGAUUCUAAAAUUGUAAAACUCAACUCUUUAACUUUAGGGGAUUCGAAAAUGAGCCUAUUUUCAAAAAAAGUGGAGUGUUCCUUUAAGUAUUUUCAUAAUAAAGUUUCUUAAAGGGAUAGUUCACCACAAAAGUUUAAAAAGGGGGUGAAAAAAAAAACAUAAAUGUGACCCUGGACCUCAAAACCAAUCUUAAGUGUAUAUUUUCUCAAAAUUGAGAUUUAUACACCAUCUGAAAGCUGAAUAAAUAAGCUUGACAUUUAUGUAUGGUUUUUAAGGACAAUAUUUGGCCGGGAUACAACUAUUUGAACAUCUGGAAUCUGAGGGUGCCAAAAAAUCUGAAUACUAAGAAAAUCGCCUUUAAAGUUGUCCAGAUUAAGUUCUUAGCAAUGCAUAUUACUAAUAAAAAAUUACGUUUUUAUAUAUUUACAGUAGGAAGUUUGCAAAAUAUCUUCAUGGAACAUGAUCUUUACUUAAAGGGAUACUCCACCCCAAAAUGAAAAUUUUGUCAUUAAUCACAUGUCGUUCCAAACCCGUAGAACAGGGAUAGGCAACUCCAGUCCUGGAGGGCCACUAUCCUGCAGAGUUUAGCUCCAACUCUAAUUAAACACACCUGAAGAAGGCAAUCAGUGUUUUCGGGAUUACUAGAUAGAUACCGGCAGGUGAGUGUUUAUGAGAGCUGAAGCUAAACUCUACAGGACCAGAGUUGCCUAUCCUGCUGUAGAAGCUAAAUUCGUCUUCAGAACACAAUUUAAGAUAUUUUGGAUGAAAACCGGGAGGCUUGAGACUAUGCCAUAGACUGCCAAGUAAGUUACACUGUUAAGGUCCAGAAAAAUAUGAAAGACACUGAUGUCCAACUGCCAUCAGUGAUUCAACCUUAACAUUAUGAAGCAAUGAAAAUAACAACUUUAUUCAACAAUUCCUUUUUCAAUAUUCUCCUCUGUUUCUCUUCAUAUCGCCAUAUGCUGCGUAUGCUUUUCUAUAUCAGCCGCUCCACAAGGAUGCACUGUUAUCUUUCAAAUAAAAGCUAAAUACACGUAGAAACAGCUCAUGCUUGUGGCGCGGCUGACACAGAAGAGCGUAGGCAGUUUGAGUGAUGUGGAGAGACACAGAGGAGACUGUUGACAGGAAUUGUUGAAUAAUGUCAUUAUUAUUUGUUUUAUUUGGGUACAAAAACUAUUCUCGUUGCUUCAUAGUGUUAAUGCUGAAUCACUGAUGGCAGAUGGACAAAUCUGACGAUGCUUUUUUUAUACUUUUCUGGACCUUCACAUUGUAACAUACUUGGCAGUAUGGGACAGUCACAAGCCUCCCGGUUUUCAUCCAAAAUAUCUUAAAUUGUGUUCCAAAGACGAACAAAGCUUUUAUGGGUUUGGAACAACAUGGGGGUAAGUGAUUAAUGACUUUUAUUUUAGAUUUUUGUCAUAGAAUAAAAAUCUGUAAUUUUGACCCAUACAAUGUUUUCUUGGCUAUUGCUACAAAUAUACCCCAGAGACUUAAGACUGGUUUCGUGGUCCAGGGUCACAUAUGUGGUCCAUCUUGUGCAGGAUAUUCAUAUUCAAUACCUUUGUGUGAGAAACAAAUAAUGAAAUACAUUUUGGGUGAACUAUUCCUUCAGCCAGUUUAGAUGCUUAAAGAAUGAUAAAAGCCAGCAAAACGUCCACUGAUAUUUGCAGAUUUAUGACAACAUUUCAUAAUUAGACUUAAAAAACUAGUUUGUCUGUCAUAUUAUACACCACGUGUAUAUGCAUAUGUAUUUUUGUGAUUCAGAUACAUUGGGAAUGGGAUUUUUUUCUUUUGAUUUUGCUUUGUGUGGCUACAUUUUUGGAUCCUCCACCUCACAUUGCAUCUUCAUCCUCAUCUCUCAGUGUUACAGCUUUAAAACCAAAUAUUGUGAAGCAUUUUACAGCCUGCUGUACACUAGUUUUAUACUGCUAGUUUUAAACAUGUAUUUUUAUAAAUUAAGUGUUGAGGAUUUUUGCCACUGGAAAUAUUCACUGAAUGUGGAAAUACUAGUGCCUUUGUUUUUCUACCCAGUGAAGAUUAAAUGUAUUUGCCAUAAAAAUCUUUGGAACUAUUUUUGGCACAAAUUAUAAACUCUUAUACUUGAUUCAGAUUAUUGUUGUUAUGGAUUUCCAUGUCACUGGAUACUGUGUUAAUUACAUGUUACUUAACAAAACACACAAUGGUAUUACCGUUGUACAAAAAUGUGGUAGUGCUAUUAUACUUUUUUGUGCCAUUUUAUUACAGCAUCAACAACUGACUUAUAGUCAACUACAUGAAAAAUGUUUGAAACCUAAAAAUGAAACUAACUUUGCCCUGCAAAACAUUAUGGAGUGAUAUAAUCUUAAAUAAACUGUACCUUUAAGCA